CUCUUCCUCCUCGCGCGUUCCUCUUCCUCCUCCGUCGCCGCCAUCUCAACCCACCGAGGACGACUCGCCGCCGCCGCCGCCGCCGCAGCCGCCGGCCAUCGCCGCCUCCUUCCGUCCUUCUCACCGGGAUCCGGCUCGUACUCGUCACCAUGGGUAAGGCCUCCAAAGACAAGAGGGACAUCUACUACCGCAAGGCGAAGGAGGAGGGGUGGAGAGCUCGUAGCGCCUUCAAGCUUCUGCAGAUCGACCAGGAGUUCAACAUCUUCCACGGAGUGAAGCGUGUUGUUGAUCUGUGCGCUGCUCCCGGAAGCUGGAGUCAGGUUUUGAGUCGGAACCUGUAUGUUCCAGCAAAACAAUCUCCUGAUUGCAAAGAAGGUGACCUUCCUCUUAUUGUUGCCAUUGAUUUGCAACCAAUGGCUCCGAUAGAAGGCGUUAUACAAGUUCAAGGGGACAUCACUAAUGCUCGAACAGCAGAAGUGGUUAUUAGGCAUUUUGAUGGAUGCAAAGCAGAUUUGGUUGUCUGCGAUGGUGCUCCUGAUGUUACCGGCCUUCAUGAUAUGGACGAGUUUGUUCAGUCCCAGCUUAUACUGGCGGCAUUGACAAUUGUGACUCACGUACUUAAAGUUGGUGGGAAAUUUGUUGCGAAGAUUUUCCGUGGAAAAGAUACAAGUCUGUUGUAUUGCCAGCUGAAACUAUUCUUCUCACAAGUUACCUUUGCAAAGCCCAAAAGUAGCCGGAACUCAAGCAUCGAGGCGUUUGCAGUUUGUGAGAAUUAUUCGCCUCCCGAAGGAUUUAAGGAAAAAGAUUUAUAUCACCUGCUAGAGAAAGUGGGGACUCCUUCUGGGGCUGAUGAUUUAGACUGCAGAAGUGGAUGGUUAGAGGGACCAAACAAGGUCUACAUCCCAUUUCUGGCUUGCGGUGACCUCAGUGGUUACGAUUCGGAUCGUUCUUACCCACUAACAAGCACAGAGGGAGGAUCCUACCAGAGCUUGGAUCCAGUCCAGCCUCCAAUUGCUCCACCUUACAAAACCGCACUGGAGAUGAAAAAGGUCGCCAGCCAUGGCAUUGGAGCAGAUAUCAGCAAAUUAUCCCUCGACUCCUGAACUACACUCUGGAUCGCUGUUUGUGUUCUUGUAACUGCCAACCCUGUGGAAUUUGCAAAUUGUAUGGCAUUGUUGUUCCACAGAUUACACAAGAGAUGAACUGAAACUUCAGCUUCAUGUGGUUGUUAUAUCAACCAAAAAUGUACUACCUGUUAUUUUUAUUUAGAAAAGGCACGAAUUCUUUUUCUGGAUGCCAGAUGUCUGAACUUCUAUGAAUGCAUGGAUGACUAGAAUACCAAUAUUAUGGAUGCACAUCGUGCCUGACCUUGUUUAGUUCUGCUUCAA